GCUUAUUCUUCAGGAGUGCCCACCAUUGGCCUAACCAUGGAUACAAAACACCAGCAGUUGCUGAUUCACUGUGCAUGCCUUUUGGACACUUAUGAUGCUGGGACUCAAGGCCUUGAACAACAUGUGGAAAAUUACAUCAGGGCCAAUAAGAUUACAGAUGAAGAUGAUGAAAUGUUCAUAACAGAAGUGUUUUCAGGCUGUGUGAGACAUGGUGCAGUUAUGAGAGUUGUUGUAGAGGGUUUCUAUGCCAGGGAUGGAAGAAACGUCCUCAGAUCAACUGAAAAUGUUUAUAUAGUUAUCUGCUACUUGGCAUUAUUUCGCCUGGAUGAGCUAGGCAUUGCUCACUUCAGAAAGUUUAUUUCUGCCCUGGAAGUGAAGGCAGCUUACAAGAGACGAGCCCCUUCAACUUGACAAAACCACGGCCUCGGAGCAUCCCCAUACCUGAGAAGGUCCCAAAGCUGAAGAAAUCCAAACCCCCACCAGAUUCCUUGUACCGAGCUCCUACAGAGCAGGAUGAGCUGAGUCGGCAUAAGGAGGAGAACCGAAGGAGAGCUGAGGAACGAUUGAUGGAAGCGUCUAGGAUCCAGUUUUCCUGUGCCAAUCCAGAAAAGUCUGACAAAACCAAACAGAUUCUACAGAUUAUCCAAAUGGAGGAAAAUGAUAAAAUUGAUGGAAACAGGAUCAAAGCUCGGCCGGCCCCUGACUUUAAAAAGGAUCCGCUUCCAGUGAAGAUGACAGCUGCUGCAAUCCUUCGGGAAGGAAAUCUGUAUCAAAAGAAGGAAGAGGAGGUUGUUAAAAAACUGAGACAGCUGGAGGCUGGAGCAUAUGACGCCAGUGAUUUCCUCAAGUGGCAGUCAGAAAUGAGACAGAUGGACCUUGAGGCUGAACUAUCUGCUGUGGAGGAACGGAGGUUGAAGGGUAAACUUAGCCAUGAAGAAGCCAUCUUGGCGCGAGCUAAUCUGAUGGCUGACAACCAAACCAAAGUGCAAGACAUCAAGAACCAGACAGCAGCCAUGAUGAGGGAACAUCUUGAGCAGAAGUUCCAGGAAGAGAAAGAAAUGAAAAUGCUUGUUGAGAAUACAAUGGCUGGCCAUCGCAAUGCAAAAGAAUCUAAAAAGAGACUUCAAGAGUAUAAGCAGAAACUAGUGCAGGAAGUCACAGAGGAGAGCCGGGAACUGAUGAAACAAGCCCUGGAAGAAGCUGAGGCAGACAUGCGGUGUAAAAUGGAGCUGAUCCAGCAGAUCCGAGCUAUGGAAGCCACACCAGUCAGUCGUUUCAAACAGGUGGACCUGGCCUCAACUGCAGGCGCUGGACUCCUGGGAGAGAUGAGUAUCCUGGAGCUAAGGGAGAGAGUGGCACUCCUGAAAGACAAACAGCGGGAGGAAGAGGAAAUGAAAAGAGAUAACAUACUCAAUGCCAAGCAGGCUAAAGCGGAACAGCUCUCAGAGACAAUGGACAUGGUCCUCAAACACCGUGCAGAGCAGACCAGGGCUGCAGCUCUCAAAUUGGAAGAUCGCAAGAAAUCUUCCUCUGCCUCUGCCCCCUUCCGUAAUGAGAAACUGAUGGACCUGGAGCGUAAAGUACAGGAGAGGCGUGCCCAGCGACUGAGAGAGCAGCAGAGACAACAGUUGCAGCCCUCCAUGAUGUCUGCUCGCAGGACAACCACACUCAUCACACAAAAGAAAGCCCUCGAGGCCAGCCGGUGGCAUGAGCUGGAGCAGACACAGGAGAGGUCGGCCAAAAUGUUGUCUCAGAGCCCUCUGAUGUCUGCUGCUUCCCGGAGACUGACCGCUGUCCCGUCCAUCUGAUCUUCUGCUCCUUGAGAACCCAGAUUAAAACAGUCAUUUUAUCACUAAAAGAUAUUGGGUUGCAUUGGACUAUUGGCACUGAAGAUAACCUUCAAUGUCUUUUGAAAGGAGGUUGCACAUAGCUUUUAAGAUAUUCAAAUUUUGUUUACAGCAAUAAGUUAUUGUCUGUUAACCUUUGUCUUUCUUCUUUAUGUCAAAACUUGCAAGUCAGCUUUUGGGCUUUAGGGUUUUCUGAUUGCUGUCUUAAUUUUUUUUAAGCAUUUGAUAAAAGUUGCUACAAACAGAAGAACUGUCACAAAAUCCUGUGAAUUUUACCCUCUCAAGUUUGCUGAUGUAGUACACUCAAAUGAAUGCUGUUUUGAUUAAGUAUCUGUUUUGAUCUCAUCGUUUCUGUAAACUAGCUUUGAGGCUGUUAAUGAAAUCUUAAGGUUUUUUUUAAAUUCUGAAGUUUUGUAAAUCUGUGAGCACUGGCUUUACUGCUAUCAGUAUUAGGGAUUAUUAUCUCACAGCAGUGUGAUAUGUUUAUAGAUUGAGCAGAUACAAGAUUUUCGUUGGUACUAUAUAUUUGAUGAAUGCACACUGAGUAGAAACUGACGUACCCUUUCUUAUGAUGUACAUAAAAGAAGCAGUGAAGCCAACAAACUGACUCUGGUUUCCUGAUGUGUGGGGUCUGAUGUGAUCAUGACAAAUGUUAAAAUAAAAUAUCUUCUGAACCAACAGGUU